GGUUUGGGGUUAAUCCAAAAGUUGCCGGAAAAGGUCGAACUGUCUCCCAUUCCUCCAGAAACGCUGGCCGAACACUCCGUUACGCGUGUUGGCAUGUUGAGUGUCACCUCAACCAAGUUUUGGAGCCUCCAGAGAGGCUCAAUGCGUUGGUCCUCACAUUUCUUAAUCAGUAACUCACACGCUGGGUGGAAGUCUGUGUGAGGGGAUGGAAGGAUACGUCAGUAUCUCUUCGUUCCCUGAAUGGGCUAAGUUGAGUACUGAUGUGGGUUCAAAGGAAGAGAUGCAGAAGUUGGCCCAAGUACUUAACAGAUUGGAGAGGAAUUGGUUUUUUUUUACUUCAAGAUUUCGGGAGGGGCACGAGUUCGCGAAUGAUUCGGUUGCACUUUGGCGUUGCAUCACUCCAGAAUCUCCGUUUGGUAUUCGCCGAACUCGGACGAGCACUCGCUGUGAUCAAACAAAGUGUCGAACUCUGGCGUGGGAUAGCUGCCGUCCAUCCGACAUCAUCAUACUGUACAACCCCACUUCUCUACGGGAUCUCGAAAUUACACUCAGCAAUCUCGGAAAGCAUUCGGAGGCUCUCCCAAUCAAUGUCAAACUCUGCCGCGAUCUACUAGUUUCCGUUGAUCAGAUAUCCCACACCCCGACUCUGGCGUUGUCACUGCGGAGACUCAGUGUUUCACUCACUGACCUUGGAUGAGGUUCCGAGGCGUUACCAGUGAUGAAAGAAAGCGUCAAAACUUUGGCGCGAACUAGUUACCGUUAAUCCGACAUCACACACACACCGAAUUUGGCACACU